AUGACGGAUUUUGAGCCAAAACUUGCCAACGUAGCAUGUCCAGAUCUUCAACACUCCCGCGGGAGUGAAACAUCAUUUAACACGAGUGCACUUCCGAACUCUGCGGAACAGCUGCACGCGGUGCUAGGCGUCGCAGGGCUAGGCGUUGCGAUUGCUCUUGCAUUGCAUCUAUUCCAAAGGGGUUCGCUACUAAACGGGAAGGCAACUCCAGAGGGCAUUACCUGUUUGGCUAUAUGGGAUAUCAUCAAAGAUAUGGGCGAAAAGCUGACAACCUUACUUUUCCAAAUUGCUCCUCGAAUCGUCGCGCAAGUCGCGCGGCCAUGGGUAGCCAUUUCGGUUGCCUUUAUCAGUUUCAUACUUAAGAGGAGAGUUUGGAAAACAGCGGAAGAUGAGAUUGACCCUGACGAAGCUCAAAAAUUCCAAGAGAAAAGUGGACAAGCUAAGACGAAGAGGGAGAAGAACCGGGAGAAACGGAGAAAGCACCGCGUCAAAGCUAGGAAGGGCAGCCAAAGACUACCAGUGUUAUUAUUGCAUCCAGCGUUCUUGGCAGUGCUUUUAGUAGCAUGA